GGGGCUAUAAAAGUGGCAUCUUCCAGGGGCCACCGAGAGCCGAGCCGACGAGACGGGACCGGGCCCAUGUACCACCCCCGGGAGCUCUACUCCCCGCUCGGGGCCGGCUACAGACUCCGGCCCCCCCAGCCCGUGGCCAACCCCGGCUUCAUCCCGGGGUCCGCAGAAGGGUACCACUUCCCAGACCUCGACCCACCCAAGUUUGACUGCUUCCUUUCCGGAUUGGAGUCUAGUCCCCGGCCCCUGGCCGCCCCUCCGACGCUGCCCCCGCUGCCCGCCUCUUUUGGAGGAGAGACCCCUUCCCCGGCCCCCGGGCCCGAAGCCCCCCGCCUCCUCCCGGGUGUCAGUGUGAGUCUGGAAAACCGGGAGCUCUGGAAGGAGUUCAGCUCCGUGGGAACAGAGAUGAUCAUCACCAAGGCUGGGAGGAGAAUGUUCCCGGCGUGCCGCGUGGCGGUGAUGGGGCUGGACCCGGAGGCGCGCUACCUCUUCCUGCUGGACGUGGCUCCGGUGGACGGGGCUCGCUACCGCUGGCAGGGCCACCACUGGGAGCCCAGCGGCAAGGCCGAGCCACGGCUCCCCGACCGCGUGUACAUCCACCCUGACUCUCCGGCCACCGGCGCCCACUGGAUGAGGCAGCCCGUGUCCUUCCACCGGGUCAAGCUCACCAACAACACGCUGGACCCCCACGGACACUUGAUCCUUCACUCCAUGCACAAGUACCAGCCACGCCUCCACCUGGUCCGAGCCGCCCAACUCUGCAGCCGCCACUGGGGCGGGGUCUCCUCUUUCCGUUUCCCCGAGACCGAAUUCAUCUCGGUGACGGCCUACCAGAACCCCCGGAUCACACAGCUGAAGAUAGCAGCCAAUCCCUUUGCCAAGGGCUUCCGGGAGAACGGAAGGAACUGUAAGAGGGAGAGAGAUGCCCGGGUAAAGCGGAGGCUGAGGGGGCCGGAGCCGGCCCUGACCGACACCUACGCUGGGGGCCCCAGCGGGCCCUGUGACUCGACUCUGAGCGGAGACCUGCCUGAGCCGCCCCCGGCCUCCACGGCGGACCCCCCGCCCUCCUGCGGGGGUCCCAGCGCCGAGGCCUACGUCCUGCACCCGGCCGCCUUCCACGGGGCUCCCGGCAGCCUCCCCGCCAGGGCCUCCGCCUUCUCGGAGUCUUCGGACGCCCCGGCCCCCGCGCCCCUCCUGUCCCGCCGCCCGGCCCCUUACACCGCUUCCUUCCUGGAGUUGCCUGCAGGAGGAGGGGGGGGCUCCGGCCCCACCUACCCCCCGGCCCCUCCCCCGGGGACCUUCCCUCCCCACUUCCUGCAGGGGGGACCCUUCCCCCUACCCUAUCCGGCCCCUGGGGGUUACCUGGACGUCAGCUCCAAGGCCCUGUACUGACUGGGGCCGGGGCGGGCCUGUAGGGAGCAGCCCCCACCACCCAGGAGAAUAAAGUGGGGGGCGUGAACGUCCUCCAAACCAG